AUGGCUUCGGGAUCGACAUGGACACCCAAGCAGAACAAACUGUUCGAGAAUGCUCUGGCCAUAUACGACAAGGACACCCCCGACCGCUGGCACAAUCUAGCCAGGGCAGUGGGCGGAAAAUCCGUCGAGGAAGUGAAGAGGCAUUACGAGGCUCUUGUCGAAGAUCUCAUGCAGAUUGAGACUGGCCAAGUCCCCUUGCCCAAUUACAGAAAGCUUGGAGGCACCACCAAAGCUUACAAUUUCAUGGACGAAGAACAAAGGCUGAAGGGUUUGAGGCUCCAGUGA